AUGUUCACUAGCUCUGCCACACCAGGAGAACAGUCGCCACAGACGCUCGGUCAGUUCGACCGAAACCAUAAUAUUCCUAAUUAUUAUAACUGCGUUGACAACCGAUUUGACCCUCUAAGUAACCCUAGGGUACUUGUUCAUAAUGGCAAUCCACCGCAAGGGAUUUGGAGGAGUUCUGAAUUGCAGAAGGCUCAAUGUGGGAAAAUAUUCCACAAUGUUCACAACCAACCAUUCCAGCAAAUGUUCAAUGGUGAAGUCGUGGUACAAACCGAGAACGGACCAUUCGUUAGUGUAAGAAACUCUCCAACUUACACUUUCCAAGAUCCCAAUGUGAAAUUACCCCCAAUCUCCGCCUUGAUUCCAGGGCCUGGAGUCACCCCACAGUCGCAAAAUCAGAAACCACAUAUUACUGAUAACAUGCAAGUACCAUUGCAGCCACACCAUUUUGGCCCCAACCAACAUGGUCAAAAACGAAUGUCAGCUGGUAACUACUAUCAAAAUGUAACUGCCUCACUUCAAUAUCAAUACCAUCAGGGGCAUUUCAUCCAAGGUCAGUCAUCUUAUCAUGCACAAGAACAACCAAAUCAGCUUUACACCUACCUUUCACCGGAUCAGUCUGAAAAAUCAGUGGUACCAAAUGGAGUACCACAGAUGAUGGUGAAUUCAACGCCACCAUCAUCUGUAUCACCACGUAUGACUCUAGUUCCAACUUCCACGAUGAAGAACAACAUUGUCGUCCCACAGAACAGUACGGUUUUCUUACCAGGUUUCCCACAUCACAGACAAACAUCAUCUACGCUCAAGAUGCAAGGGAAUGGCACAUCUAAACCAAACAUUAAUUUCACAGUCCCACCAUCCCAAGUUCCGAGGGUGAAACCGGAGCAUUCAUUACAGGAUGCCUUCCCCUCCACAAGCACAGACGAUGAUGAUGAUGAUUCCUCGAUGGUCACCAUCACUGCUUUGAGAAGGCCACAAGAGGGUGUAAAAAGAAGGAAGUGCAUAAAGUUGAACGCUGAAAGUCAGGACUCCUAUCUUCAGUCAGCGCAUAGGAAGAAAAACGGUAGCAGUAAUUUCACUAUCAACUUCACAUCCGCUGUUAAAAUGCGCAAACAGUGCCCAGUAUGUGGGAAAGUGUGUUCCAGACCCUCGACUUUGAAGACACAUUACCUAAUUCACACGGGGGACACUCCCUUCAAAUGCACAUGGGGGGACUGCACGAAAUCGUUCAACGUUAAAAGCAACUUGAUGAGGCAUCUGAAAAGUCAUGAAAGAAAGCUUGCGAAGAAGGCAGCCAAAGAGAAGCACUGA